AUGUCGGCAUCUGAAGGCAGAAAAGAUACCACUCCAGAGUCAGGCCCAGUCAACAGGGUAAACCCUGGUCCCAAGUGGGGGCUGUGCUCAGGACCUCCAGCAUCAGGGUGUGAACUCAGUGUAGCAUCGGAUUCGGGGACCCCUAGGCGAAGGACUCAGCACAGUAAGCACAAGACGAUGACAGUGACCAGCACCCAACGGUCGCCCCGGGCCCUCUUCUGCUUCACCCUGGCCAACCCCCUGCGGCGCUGGUGCAUCAGCAUCGUGGAGUGGAAACCCUUUGACAUCCUCAUCCUUCUGACCAUCUUUGCCAACUGUGUGGCCCUGGGGGUCUACAUCCCUUUCCCAGAGGACGACUCAAACACAGCCAACCACAACCUGGAGCAAGUGGAGUAUGUGUUCCUGGUGAUUUUCACUGUGGAGACGGUGCUCAAGAUUGUGGCCUACGGCUUGGUGCUCCAUCCCCGCGCCUACAUCCGCAACGGCUGGAACCUACUCGACUUCAUCAUCGUCGUGGUUGGACUGUUCAGCGUGCUACUGGAGCAGGGGCCCGGACGAGCUGGGGACGCCCCACAUACCGGGGGGAAACCAGGUGGCUUCGAUGUGAAGGCACUGAGAGCGUUUCGCGUGCUGAGGCCACUGAGGCUGGUGUCUGGGGUCCCGAGCCUGCACAUAGUGCUCAAUUCCAUCAUGAAGGCGCUGGUGCCGCUGCUGCACAUCGCACUGCUGGUGCUCUUCGUCAUUAUCAUUUAUGCCAUCAUCGGGCUCGAGCUGUUCCUCGGGCGCAUGCACAAGACCUGCUACUUCCUGGGAUCUGACUUGGAAGCAGAGGAGGACCCCUCACCCUGCACUUCUUCGGGCUCAGGGCGUGUAUGCACGCUGAACCAGACUGAAUGCCGUGGUCGCUGGGCAGGACCCAACGGUGGCAUCACCAACUUCGACAACUUCUUCUUCGCCAUGCUGACAGUCUUCCAGUGUGUCACAAUGGAAGGCUGGACCGAUGUGCUCUACUGGAUGCAGGAUGCCAUGGGGUAUGAGCUGCCCUGGUUGUAUUUUGUGAGUCUUGUCAUCUUUGGGUCCUUCUUCGUCCUCAACCUUGUACUUGGCGUCCUGAGUGGGGAGUUCUCCAAAGAGAGGGAGAAAGCAAAAGCACGAGGAGACUUCCAGAAGCUUCGGGAGAAGCAGCAGAUGGAGGAGGACCUUCGGGGCUACCUAGACUGGAUCACACAGGCAGAGGAACUGGACGGCGAGGGCCCCUCAGCUGCUGGCAACUAUGGUUCUGUGGUUGAGGAGGGCUGGGCUGGCCCUCGGCCACAACUGGCAGAGCUGACCAACAGGAGGCGUGCACGUCUGCACUGGUUCAGCCACUCGACCCGCUCCACACACUCCACCAGCAGCCAUGCCAGCCUCCCAGCCAGUGAUGCCGGUUCAAUGGCAGAGACCCCAGGGGAUGAGGAAGAAGAGGGGGCUCUGGCCAGCUGUACACGCUGCCUAAACAAGAUCAUGAGAACCAGGGUCUGCCGCAGCCUCCGCAGAACCAACCGGGGCCUUCGCUCAUACUGCCGAAGGGCUGUGAAGUCCAAUGCCUGCUACUGGGCCGUGCUGCUGCUCGUCUUCCUCAACACACUGACCAUUGCCUCCGAGCACCACGGACAGCCAGUGUGGCUCACCCAGAUCCAGGAGUAUGCCAACAAAGUGUUGCUCUGUCUGUUCACGGUGGAGAUGCUUCUCAAGCUGUAUGGUCUGGGACCCUCUGCCUAUGUCUCCUCCUUCUUCAACCGCUUCGACUGCUUUGUGGUCUGUGGGGGCAUUCUGGAGACCACCCUGGUGGAAGUGGGUGCCAUGCAGCCCCUGGGCAUCUCGGUGCUUCGAUGUGUGCGCCUCCUCAGGAUCUUUAAGGUCACAAGGCACUGGGCAUCUCUGAGCAAUUUGGUGGCCUCACUGCUCAAUUCAAUGAAAUCCAUUGCAUCCCUGCUGCUUCUCCUCUUCCUUUUUAUCAUCAUCUUCUCCCUGCUUGGCAUGCAGCUGUUUGGGGGCAAGUUCAACUUUGACCAGACCCACACCAAGCGAAGCACUUUUGACACCUUCCCCCAGGCACUUCUUACUGUCUUUCAGAUCCUGACGGGCGAGGACUGGAAUGUCGUCAUGUAUGAUGGUAUCAUGGCCUACGGUGGCCCCUUCUUCCCAGGGAUGCUGGUGUGUGUCUAUUUCAUCAUCCUCUUCAUCUGCGGCAACUACAUCCUGUUGAAUGUGUUUCUCGCCAUUGCUGUGGACAACCUGGCCAGCGGAGACACAGGCACUGGCAAGGAAAAGGGCAGGGAGAAGAGCACUGAGGGGAAACUCCCACAGGAGAAUGGAGUAUUGGUGCCUGGUGGGGAGAACGAGGAAGAAGAGGGUGCAAAGGAUGACGGAGAAGUCAUGGAUGAAAGAGAGGAAGAGGAGGAGGAAGAGGAAGGGGGCACAGGGCCUGUGGAACUUCUGCAAGAAGUUGUGCCAAAGGAGAAGGUGGUACCCAUCCCUGAAGGCAGUGCCUUCUUCUGCCUCAGCCAAACCAACCCGCUGAGGAAGGCCUGCCACACCCUCAUCCACCAUCACAUCUUCACCAAUCUUAUCCUGGUGUUCAUCAUCCUCAGCAGCAUGUCACUGGCCGCCGAAGACCCCAUUCGGGCCCACUCCUUCCGAAACCAUAUUUUGGGGUACUUUGAUUAUGCCUUCACCUCCAUUUUCACUGUGGAGAUUCUACUAAAGAUGAUGGUGUUUGGGGCAUUCCUGCACCAAGGCUCCUUCUGCCGUAGCUGGUUCAAUUUGUUGGAUCUGCUGGUGGUCAGUGUGUCCCUCAUCUCCUUUGGCAUCCACUCCAGUGCCAUCUCGGUGGUGAAGAUUCUUCGAGUACUACGAGUAUUGAGGCCCCUCCGAGCCAUCAACAGGGCCAAAGGACUUAAGCACGUGGUGCAGUGUGUGUUCGUGGCCAUCCGGACCAUCGGGAAUAUCAUGAUUGUGACCACACUCCUGCAGUUCAUGUUCGCCUGCAUUGGUGUGCAGCUCUUCAAGGGGAAAUUCUACAGCUGCACUGAUGAGGCCAAACACACCCCCCAAGAAUGCAAGGGCUCCUUCCUGGUCUACCCCGAUGGAGAUGUGUCACGGCCCCUGGUCCGAGAGCGUCUGUGGGUCAACAGUGACUUCAACUUUGACAACGUCCUUUCAGCCAUGAUGGCCUUAUUCACCGUCUCCACCUUUGAAGGCUGGCCUGCGCUUCUAUACAAGGCCAUAGAUGCACACGCAGAGGACAAGGGCCCCAUCUAUAAUUACCAUGUGGAGAUUUCAGUGUUCUUUAUUGUCUACAUCAUCAUCAUCGCGUUUUUCAUGAUGAACAUCUUUGUGGGCUUCGUCAUCAUCACCUUCCGUGCCCAGGGUGAACAGGAAUACCAGAACUGUGAGCUGGACAAGAACCAGCGCCAGUGUGUGGAGUACGCGCUCCAGGCCCAGCCGCUCCGCCGCUACAUCCCCAAGAAUCCACAUCAGUAUCGCGUGUGGGCCACUGUGAACUCUACUGCCUUUGAAUAUCUCAUGUUCCUGCUCAUCCUGCUCAACACAGUUGCUCUAGCCAUGCAGCACUAUGAACAGACGCCUCCUUUCAACUACACCAUGGAUAUCCUCAACAUGGUCUUCACUGGCCUCUUCACUGUUGAGAUGGUGCUCAAAAUCAUCGCCUUCAAACCCAAGCAUUACUUUACUGAUGCCUGGAACACAUUCGAUGCUCUUAUUGUGGUGGGCAGCGUGGUGGACAUUGCUGUCACUGAAGUCAAUAAUGGUGGCCACCUUGGCGAGAGCUCUGAAGACAGUUCCCGCAUUUCGAUCACCUUCUUUCGCCUCUUCCGAGUCAUGCGACUGGUCAAGCUCCUCAGUAAGGAUGAAGGGAUCCGCACAUUGCUCUGGACAUUCAUAAAGUCUUUCCAGGCCUUGCCCUAUGUGGCUCUUCUCAUUGCAAUGAUAUUCUUCAUUUAUGCAGUCAUUGGGAUGCAGAUGUUUGGCAAGGUGGCUCUUCAGGAUGGCACACAGAUCAACAGAAACAACAACUUCCAGACCUUUCCACAGGCUGUCCUUCUGUUGUUCAGGUGUGCCACUGGUGAGGCCUGGCAGGAGAUAAUGCUUGCCAGUCUUCCCGGAAAUCGAUGCGACCCUGAGUCUGAUGUCAACCCUGGUGAGGAGUUUACCUGUGGCAGCAAUUUUGCUAUCGCCUACUUUAUCAGCUUCUUCAUGCUUUGUGCCUUCCUGAUUAUAAAUCUCUUUGUGGCUGUGAUCAUGGACAACUUUGAUUACCUAACCAGAGAUUGGUCGAUACUGGGACCCCACCACCUCGAUGAAUUCAAGAGGAUCUGGUCUGAAUAUGACCCUGGAGCCACGGGCCGCAUUAAGCACCUGGACGUGGUUGCCCUGCUGAGACGCAUCCAACCUCCCCUGGGAUUUGGGAAGCUGUGCCCACACCGAGUGGCCUGCAAGAGACUCGUGGCAAUGAACAUGCCCCUCAACCCAGAUGGGACCGUGACAUUCAAUGCCACCCUCUUUGCCCUGGUUCGGACAUCCCUAAAGAUCAAGACAGAAGGGAACCUGGAGCAAGCCAAUCAGGAGCUGCGGAUUGUCAUCAAAAAGAUCUGGAAGCGGAUGAAGCCCAAGCUGCUAGAUGAAGUCAUCCCCCCUGCAGACGAGGAAGAGGUCACUGUGGGCAAAUUCUAUGCCACAUUUCUGAUCCAGGACUAUUUCUGCAAAUUCCGUAGGAGGAAAGAAAAGGGACUACUACGGACUGAAGCCCCCCCAAGCACUUCCUCUGCCCUUCAGGCUGGUCUGAGGAGCUUACAAGUCUUGGGCCCAGAGAUCCGGCAGGCCCUCACCUGUGACAUAGAUGAAGAGGAACAAGAAGAGCAGGAGGGGGAAGAAGAUGAGAAGGACCCAGAAAAGCACAAAGCCCCAGUGGACUUCCAGCCCCCAUCUCGCCGGAGUUCCAUGAUUUCUGUGUCACUGCCUUCUGGGGACAGACUUCCAGAUUUGCUCUCCCUUGGACCCAGUGACGACAGUUGGGGGUGGGCCAACUCCAGACAGCCCAGUGUGCCCCAAGCUGGAUCCCAUGCCCACAGGAGAAGCUCUGGGGCUCUCAUAUGCACCAUUCCAGAAGAAAGAAGUUCCCAGCCCAAGGGAACCCAAGAGGACAAGUCGAAUAAGGAAGAGGAUGUCCCUGACAGGCUCUCCUACCUAGAGGAGCAGGUAGAAAUGUUCCCAUGCCCCCUCCUUUUGCCACCUCAAGGACCACAGAGAUAUGUGGACAGGCAUCAUGCACCACGCCGCCGACUGCUACCCCCCACACCCACAGGUCGGAAGCAUUCCUUCACUAUCCAGUGUCUACAGCGCCAGGACAGCUGUGAAGAUUUACCCAUCCCGGGCACCUAUCACUGUGGGCGAAACUCAGGGUCCAGCAUGGGGCAGGGUUCCUGGGCAACCCCUCCUCAGCGGGGUCGGCUUCUGUAUGCCCCACUGCUGUUGGUGGAGGAGGGUGCUGCUAGGGAAGGCUACGUGGGCAAAUCCAGCAGGCCACUGUGCACCUUCACCUGUCUACACAUGCCUGGACCGCACUCUGACCCCAGCCACGGCCAGAGGGGCGGGGCCGACAGCCUGGUGGAGGCUGUGCUUAUCUCUGAAGGACUGGGCAUCUUUGCCCAAGAUCCGAGCUUCGUGACCCUGACCAAGCAGGAGAUUGCAGAUGCAUGUCACCUGACGCUGGACGAAAUGGACAGUGCUGCCAGUGACCUGCUGGUACAGGGGGCCAGUGCUGUCUAUAGUGACGAGGAGUCCAUCCUCUCUCACCUUGAUGAGGAGGACCUGGGAGAUGAGAUGACCUGCGUCCAUGCCCUCUAA